GUAACCGUAAAUAUCUGAAAUUGCCAGUUUUACAAAGAGGCACUGAAAUAUGUGUCCCUGCUUCAAUCUUCCUUCAAUUUGUUUUUUGUUUUCUCUUGUUGCAGGAUCUCUUGUUUUUUCUCUUGCAAUUAAAAAUGUUUACAUUGAAUCUCGUACCAUCCUCUCCCGUCUCUUUCUCCAAAUCCACUCAUCAAUAUUAUCCCAUCAAAAGGAUCCAAAACCCAAAAAACUGUACUCAGCCUCCUGCUUUUCUCAACAAAUCCACCCCUCACAACCCCCAAGUUUGCGAUUUUAACAAAAUCCAUGGCUACCCUUUUGGCAAGAUCCAAGUUUUCAGCCAUGGAAAGCCAUCCAAGAAACCAGGAUCCAAUGUUCCCAAAGCAGCUGCAGCAUCUGAAUCUAAUCCAGAAGGAGAAGCUGAAGCUGCUGAAAUAGCAGCAAAGUCAAAGGCCAAAACCUUACAGCUUGCACUUGUGUUCGGUUUCUGGUACUUCCAAAACAUUGUCUUUAAUAUUUACAACAAAAAAGCAUUGAAUGUCUUUCCAUUCCCUUGGCUUCUUGCUUCUUUUCAACUCUUUGCUGGUUCCAUUUGGAUGUUCGUUCUCUGGUCUUUAAAGUUGCAACCUUGUCCCAAAAUCACAAAGCCUUUUAUUAUUGCACUUCUUGGUCCUGCAUUAUUUCACACAAUAGGCCAUAUUUCAGCUUGUGUAUCAUUUUCUAAGGUUGCUGUUUCCUUCACUCAUGUUAUCAAAUCAUCGGAGCCUGUGUUUUCUGUUGUUUUCUCUUCAUUUCUUGGUGAUACAUACCCUUUGAAAGUCUGGCUGUCCAUUGUUCCCAUUGUUUUGGGAUGUUCUCUAGCUGCUAUAACCGAGGUUUCCUUCAAUUUUGAAGGCUUAUGGGGUGCUUUGAUUAGCAAUGUUGGAUUUGUGUUAAGAAACAUUUAUUCCAAGAGAAGUUUGCAGAACUUUAAGGAAGUGAAUGGCUUGAAUUUGUAUGGUUGGAUCAGUAUAAUCUCUCUGCUUUAUCUGUUUCCUGUGGCUGUUAUUGUUGAGGGGUCCCAAUGGGUUCAAGGAUAUCACAAAGCAAUCCAAACUGUUGGCAAAGCAUCCACAUUUUACAUAUGGGUCUUGCUUUCAGGGAUAUUUUACCAUCUAUACAACCAAUCAUCUUAUCAGGCACUAGAUGAAAUUAGCCCUUUGACAUUUUCAGUUGGGAACACAAUGAAGAGGGUUGUAGUUAUAGUGUCAACUAUUUUGGUCUUCAGGAAUCAAGUUCGGCCUUUGAAUGCACUUGGAUCUGGGAUUGCUAUACUUGGAACUUUCUUGUAUUCACAAGCAACAGCCAAGAAGAAGAGCACUGAAGGUGAGAAGAAGAGCUAAGGGGUUCUGUAAUCUCUUCAAAGUUUUUAAUUUUUGUUUUUCCUUUUGAUCGGAUUAUAUUUGCAUUUUUUUUAAUCUUUUCUUCCCUCUCUUUUAUAAAUGUUAAUAAAUUACCUAUAUUUUGCUUCCUUAAUCUGCACUCUUCCACUGUAAUAUGCUUGCUUUGUGUUCUUGGGUUUGAUUUGGAAAAAGAUCUGCUUGGCUUCUUGAAGUUGCCUUAAAAUGACAUGAUCUUUUACGCACCCAAGUCUCUGGCUUAUGGGUGUAACUGAGCUGAAUCAAGUUGAUACAUGAUGAGCCUCAAAAGGGGAAUACAUUUUUGAAAAUAUAUUUCUUGAUUGCAUAAAAGCUAGAUAAGUUUUCUAGCAAUUUUCCUUGUUGAAUAUCUGAUAACAUUUUGCAUCAUGCUAUUAACAAUUGCAUACUGCAACUUGAAUUAAUACUAGCUUUUGAAGUAUUGAGUUGUUCGAGAAAGUAGUCAAGUGAAUCAACCCUUUUGCAUUUAAGUUCUUAUUGCAGGUUAAAAUUAUAAUAUAUUUGGGGUGAGAGCAUGCUUUUAUUUGAAUUUGUUAGUUGCAUGCAGGUUUAAUUUCCCAGAAGUCCUGCAUGUGUAAUUGCAAUUACUUGCUCUAACAUUAGUUUUAGGGUCCCCUUGGUUGCGAGAUGGGAGAGAAUUUCACCGUGCCGUCGUAACUGCGUUUUAUGAUUAUAGCUCUACAGGUCAAUUAACAAACGACAUGCACAGUGUGUUGAGAGUUCUCCCACGACGCACUUAUUAAACAUUAUGACUUCUCAUUUUAAUUGUUGAUUGAAUACCAUCUUAGGAUAAUGGUUCCCUCACUUC